AAGUUUCAUUUCGAUCACCGAGCCGAAAAAGUGGCUUAUCAUUUUGAUUUACCUGGUCUCUUAGUGUUGGAUCAACGCCAACAUAAUGUCGCAGGCUGGAGGGCAAAAGCCUGCUGCAAACCGAAUGACUCUCCAGACCUUCAAAGCCCGGUUGGGUGGAGCCAGCAAGGGCUUUAAGUUGUUGAAGAAGAAGCGUGAUGCGCUCAAAGCCAAGUUCCAGGCCUUGUUGAAAGAAAUCGUUGAUACAAAGCUGAAGGUCGGUGAGGGUCUCAAGGACGGUGCGUUUUCAUUAGCCAAAGCACAUUAUGCUAGCUCGGGCGACGAUAUUGCAUCUACCGUCAUCGAGCGAGCCAAGAGGCCCUCGAUCACAACAAAGUUGUAUCCUGACAACGUGGCCGGCGUGUCCAUUCCUUUGUUCAAGAUGAGUUAUGAUGCAUCCAAGGACUCCAGUGCACAGACCCUUGGCGUAGCGUGCGGUGGCGCUGUGAUCAACGCUGCCAGAGAAACAUACCGAAAGGCAGUAGUGAGCUUGGUGAAGCUUGCUUCCUUGCAGACCGCAUUUCAUACCCUCGAUGAGGAGAUCAAGAUGACCAGUCGAAGAGUGAAUGCGCUCGAAUAUGUGCUCAUUCCUCGAAUUGAAGACAUCAUCCACUACAUCACACAGGAGAUGGACGAGCAAGCAAGAGAGGAGUUCUUCCGAGUCAAAAAGGUGGUUGAAAAGAAGAAAGUGAAGCUGCAGAAAGAGAAGGACGAAAUGGCUGCAGCCGGCAAGCGAACCGAGGCUGCAAUCGAUGCUCCCAGCAUGUUGGCUACGAAAAAGGAUGAGGAUCUCAUCUUCUGAGGGCAUCGUGCAGCAAAAAGAUGCGCCUUACAUAGCAAAGGUUCAAUCUCAUGUGGAUUGCAGCAAGAGCCAACUAGGGGUAGCAGUGAUUGAUUGCAAGUUCUUGUCAAAUGGAUCAUGUUGGUCGAUACCAGCCUGGCCUCGCCACCAAGAUUGCAUCUGACUCUGAACGUUGGGGCAAUUCUUCAGUGCAAAGACUGAGUCAAAAGUCAGAAGCACUACAAAAUGGCGAAAGACAUGAAGAGGCGCAUUUGUUUGAAUACCAGAACGUCCCAAUGCGUUACAGUUGAUCUGAAACUCAAAAGUUUGUGUUACAGCUAUGGCCUGUGAAUUGGUAUUCCCGUUCAGAAGGGAAGCGGUGGUCCUCGGUCUAAGCCCCACAAGCCGUGGUUUGGCAAGUCUUAUUUGCGAGUGCAGGAAGAGACGCUCUACAUGGUCCCUCCAGGCGGCGGGCAUCUCACUGGAGAUAUGACUGUGAUGAGGAGUGGCCAGGCGGAUUUAGCCCUUGGUUGGGAGACGUCAGAAUGCCACCAGCACCUGAGGCCUGACUACGAGUGGUGGCAUGACAUCAUGCUGGAGGCUUCUUAACUAGAGCUACUUGGCAAAGGAUUUGAGCCGUACAGUCAUAGGUGCUUCUUUACACUUCCUUCACUUCCGGCCUCUGGCAGGGCCUCCGGCAAGGUGUCCGGCAGGCAUGGUGGCACCUUACGAAGAUCACUGGAAGAGGUGCUUGCUAUCGUUGGACAAUAUAAAAUAUGCGCC